AUGCAUUCUUUUGGAUACAGAGCGAAUGCUCUGCUCACGUUCGCUGUGACGAUACUGGCCUUCAUGUGCGCGAUUUGUCAUUCUCUGAUAACUUCAAUAUUGAACAUCAAUUGGUUUCAGAAGCAACCCCAUGGAAAUGAUGAGGUCAGCUUGACACUGAAUAUAACAGCGGACUUGCAGUCACUAUUUACUUGGAACACGAAGCAGGUGUUCGCUUUUGUAGCACCAGAGUAUAAAACCUCCAAAAACUCCCUGAAUCAGGUUUCUCUAUGGGAUGCCAUAAUACCUGAGAAAGAGCAUGCCAAGUUCUGGAUACAAAUCUCAAAUAAGUACCGUUUCAUCGAUCAGGGACACAACCUUCGAGGGAAAGACUUCAACUUGACACUGCACUGGCAUGUUAUGCCCAAGACUGGCAAGAUGUUUGCUGACAAAAUAGUAAUGUCUGGUUAUCGUUUACCCGAUGCAUACAGAUGA